AUGCAUGCAUGCGUGAAGGUGCAGAAGUUGGCGCAAGCUGCUGCGAAACACACAGAGACAUGUGGUGGCACCGUGCACAGCGCAUCGCUUUUGGCCAAGCUUGCCUCUCUGGGGGCUGCUGGGAAAUUUCCAAACAACGCCGAGCGAGACAUUCAUCGAAGCUUGGCUGCUGCCAACUUGAAACUGGACGCAUGCAUUCAGUGGGUGCAGGUGCGCUUCCAAGUUCCUUCCACGGGACGUGUGGAAUCUAAACCCUUACCGGUCCUCUUCCCGGAUAAGUUUGCCGAGGCUAUAUGGUCUAUGGGGGAAGAAUAUUUCCAGCAUUUUUUUCUAGGAGGCAUGGACCAGGACCUGAAACAAUUCUGGCAGCACGUGGGCGGCAGAAGCCUUUGGGGCAAGUCGCUGAAGGAUGCUGCGGGUGCAAAGCAAGAUCUCUCCCGUUUGAUACCACUGACGUUCUAUGGAGAUGAUGUCAACACAUACAAGUCGACAGAGAUCGGAACGGUCAGCGUGAUGUCUUGGAGCUGCGACUACAUCUUGGCCAACCAGUCUCCUCUCGAGAGAUACUUCUUGAUCUGUGCGUUUUCAGAGUAUCAUGAAUGCCCGGGGACAUGGGCCGAUUUCGGUCCGCAACUGGCAGCGAGCUUCAGCAGGCUGGUUUCUGACGACCGGCCUUGGUGCAAGAAAGGCUACAGAUUCUGCUUCAGCUCGAUCACAGGAGAUUUAAAAUGGAUUCGCCAGUACUUUGGUAUGUUUAAUUGGAAAGCAAAUGAAUUCUGCAGCUAUUGCAACGCUGUCAAACGAGAUCCUGACGGCUGCGUGGGCCGAACUCUUUCCGAUUUCUCCGAGGACGCAGAGCAUCGAAAUGUUCGUAUUCAACACGAGGAUUGGUUGCAAAGCACUUCCCCGGCCGAACGCCACUGUUUCGCCGUCAUCCCAGGCUUCAGAUACGAGCGAUGUCUUUUCGACCCACUGCAUGGGCAACUGCUGGGCACGGGGAAAGUGACAAACGGAAGUGUGCUCGUCUACAUGUCAGAAAGAGGGUUUUUUGGUCGAGUCUCGGGAGAGUACGAAGAGUUCCUUGGAAGGGCUUUGUCCGCUGCUUUCAAGCGCUUCUCGGCAUGGAAUCGCAGGCAAGAAAAGCCUGUUACACAGGCGCGCUUUACACCAUCUCGUUUGAAUCGCAAGGGGCGGACAACCUUCCCCUGUCUCCAGAGUAAGGGGGCAUCAUCCAAAGCUGUGACCCGCUGGUUGGCCGAGGAGAUGGAAGCAGUGGCUUCGAAUGCUGCUGCCACGCAGCUGGACAAGGAUGUUGCUACGUGCAUUUGCCUUUACCGCGAUAUGCUGCAGGCCCUGGAUUCUGCACCGUUGCUCUUGGACGACGCAAGCCGGCAGAAGAUCUACAUGCUCGGCAUGAAGCAUCUGCAGGUAUACAGCAAUUUACGUCUCCGCAGCUCCCGGACGUUGGGAGGACCACGAGCUCUCAACAGGACAUGCUGGCUCAUAUUGCCUAAACAUCACUACUUGUACCACCUCCUGACCGACACUGUUUUCGCCGAUGGCUUGAACCCGCGGUUCCAAACAUUAUUCUGUGGCGAAAGUUUUAUCGGCCUCAUGGGCCGAAUGAGCAAAGCAUGCCACCGCUCCAGCCUCUCCAAGAGAUUGCUACAGCGGUACCAGAUUCGCUUUGGCCUGCUGCUGCGCGAGAUCGUGCCAGCAUCUUGGUGUGAAAAAUGA